CCGUGACAAUUAAAAUGUAUCAAUCAAUGUCAUUUACGGAUAUAUAACGAUAUUUAAUUAAUUUAGUUAAAGAAAUUAUUUUUUAUUCACAAUUUAAGUGGUUGUUUUAUGCUAAUAUAAAUAAAAAAUUUAUAAAACUAGGCUAGGAAAAGUUUGUUGGUGUUCUGGAAACUAUAAAAAUGAGUGCUUGCAAUGUUGAAGUAAUAAAAUUGAUUGGGAAAUAUUUGAAUACGUCUGCAGGAUCAGUAUGUUACAACACCGACAAGGUAUUAACGACUGUUAUUGAUAAACAGAAUGUGGAAGGAUUUGCUACGAUUGUUUUACGGUUGGUUUCAAAAAGUGGCAUGAAAAUGAGCCAAGAGCAAAUACUGAUGAAUUACCAAUGGCUUGAACAUAUUUCUAUGUAUUCAAAUCAAGCUGCAUUAAAUCCUACAUUUGCUAAAAGUUUUCUUCAGGACAUAAACAAAGCAUUAGAGAAGAACUCAUACCUGAAUGGUCAGUUCUUAACUAUAUCAGAUAUAGCAACAUUCUAUGUGUUAUAUCCUUUACUGGAGCGACUAUCUAUAACAGAGAGAGAGUCACUGCUUCAUGUCUGCAGAUGGUCCAAACACAUCCAGUGCCAGCCGCGCGUGUGCGCCAGCAAACCGCCUUUACAAUUAAAUACUCUUACUUUAUCCAUACUGGCUCCUGCAGCACACUAAAUUUUUAUUAUCUUUAAAUCCGAGGGAAUGAAGCCUUUGCCAAAGCAGCUGAUGCCUCAUGAACUCAAUAAAGUGAGCCUGGACAAGCCCAUUGUCUAUCAUCCUCAACCAUUUUCCUAUCCCGGAUAUCCGGUUAUUGUAUAUUUAUGAGUAAUAACGUUAAAAUGGAAGUGAAGGUAUUA